CUAAGAACAACAUUCUUUUUAAGGGCGGAUAACGAGGGACUAUGCUGCAUUUGCAUGGAGAAUAAUAACGAGGUAUUGCUUCCAUGUUUGCAUUCGUUUUGUAUGGUAUGUGUUGCUCAAGAAAUGGAAUUCCGACCGCAGUUCACUUGUCCCGUCUGUAAAACUCGCAUAGAGCGUCCUAUUGAAGAGUCGUGGGAGGUUCCGGAUCCUCCACAACCUCUAGAGGUUGUUACGUAUCUUAGCAAGCUAGCUAGAGAUUAA